AAGUAAAUAAAAUUAAAGUGAAUAAUAAUUUAGAAAAGGGAAAAAAGAAAAGAGAAUAUUUUCUUCUUCCUCUCCCUCCCUCUCUUUUUCCAUUCCCUUUUCAUCUAAACAUCACCGCCAUUAAAUCCAACUUUAAGCCUUUUGCAUCCCUACCCCACCACCUACGCCCGCCCACCACCCCGGGAAAACUUCUUCUUCGUGUUCAUUCCAAGAAGUUUCCCGGGUCGCUGCUUCCCCACCCCGUAUUGUAUUGCUUUUUGCAGCGACAAAUUCCCUCUUUCAGUUUUGGUGGAUUAUUAGUGGGGUAUAAUAAUAUAUAUAUUUAGUGGUUGCAAUAAUACUUUUUUUGAAUUUGAGCUCUGAAAUUUUCAAUGAUGACUCUUCUCUUCCUCUCCCAUUUUACUCCUCUCAGAUAGUUGUUGUGGCUAUUAGGGGAGAUGGAAGAGACGGGGCAGCUUAAAAGAGCUUUUAUAGAUGCUACGGCUGGUGCAAUUUCUGGGGGUAUAUCCAGGACCGUAACGUCACCUCUUGAUGUUAUUAAAAUCAGAUUCCAGGUUCAACUGGAACCCACUACUCAGUGGGCCUUGCUUACAAGAACUGUGUAUGGCAAUUCAAAAUAUACGGGGAUGCUGCAAGCCAGUAAAGACAUACUCAGAGAAGAAGGUUUACCGGGAUUUUGGCGGGGUAACGUUCCUGCUUUACUGAUGGUUAUGCCAUACACUGCAAUACAAUUUGCGGUGUUGCACAAAUUAAAAACUUUUGCUAGUGGCUCUUCAAAUUCAGAGGAUCACGUUAACUUGAGCCCUUAUCUUUCUUACGUCAGUGGAGCGUUAGCAGGCUGUGCAGCUACCGUUGGUUCUUAUCCGUUUGAUCUUUUGAGAACCAUUUUAGCUUCUCAAGGAGAGCCAAAGGUUUAUCCGAACAUGAGGGCUGCAUUUGUUGAUAUAUUUAGAACUCGUGGCAUUCGAGGACUAUAUUCUGGAUUGACACCUACUCUUGUUGAGAUUGUUCCUUAUGCUGGUUUGCAAUUUGGGACUUAUGAUACAUUCAAACGCUGGAUGAUGACCUGGAAUCAUCUUAGAUCUUCUAAUACUAUCCAUGGUGAUGAACAUGUGUCGAGCUUCCAGCUUUUUAUCUGCGGUUUAGGUGCUGGGACAUGUGCAAAAGCCGUCUGUCAUCCUCUCGAUGUUGUUAAGAAGAGGUUCCAGAUUGAAGGACUACAAAGACAUCCAAGGUAUGGAGCUCGACUGGAGCCUCGUGCCUACAGGAAUAUGUAUGAUGGCCUCCGACGGAUCUUGAUAGAGGAGGGUUGGGCUGGACUUUACAAAGGGAUUGUCCCCUCAAUUGUUAAAGCUGCACCUGCAGGUGCUGUAACAUUUGUUGCUUAUGAGUAUACGUCAGACCGGUUAGAGUCCAUAUUGACCUGAAGCAUGCAGAGCACUUUUUCUUACUUUCUCCUCGUGGUGGCAACUGGAAAGGGCCUGAUAAUUUUGAGCUUUUGUUUAUUUUUUGUCAUUCUUUUUCUGUUUGUAUCUUAAGAUGCCCCAAAGGAAGUAAAAAGUGGGGCCAUAAUUAACACUUCUUGUAAGAGAGGGAGUGUUAUAGGUUCCAUUCAGUUGAAUGCCGUCUUUCUUUUCGUCUGUACAAGACAGUGAGCUCCUUUUAUGGUGUCUCACAAUUUCUCAUGCCUCAACAGUAUCGGAGGUUUCAUGGAA